UGUGUGUGUGUGUGCAUGUGUAUGUGUCUCCUGCGUGGUUACCCUGCCUCUCUAAUAAACCCUGGAUAAACCCUCUCUGCCCUGGACCUGCAGAUAAUUAGAGCUGGGAUUCUGUUACAGUGAUCUCACAUCUCAGAGGCAAUGCGGUUACAGCUUAGCCUAGAAAGAGGCCAUUAGUUCUUCUUUGAGCUGGUGAGCUGCAUCUCCAGCAAUAGGUCUGGUCCACUAAAGUGAUAGCCCCACUAAAGCGAUAUGUCCUAGUGGAGCAGCAGCGGGCCCUAUGGAGACGGAGCCCAGCGUGCACAGCUCAAUGUGAUGUGCUUGCACUUCUAUGCAUCGGAGCCCAUCUCUAUAGAUUAAACUCUUUGUUGGAACAUGAAGCUCCUCCCCAGUGCUGAGCCCGUGGUUUCUGUCGUCCCCCCUCCCCUUGGGACGGGUUCCACAGGAGGCUUUAAAAGGGCAGGGAGAGUGCCAGCCUGCACUCUCUCUCACAGCAGGAAGUGCCCACGGGACCGCAGCGAGAAAAAUGACUCACCACUGUACCAAAUUCUCUGGCCACUGGAAGAUCAUCGUUUGGGAUGAGGAAUGUUUCCAGGGCCGCAGACAUGAGUUCACCUCGGAGUGCUACAACGUGAUGGAGUUCGGCUUCGAGACAGUGCGCUCCUUCCGAGUGGAGAGCGGGGCCUGGGUGGGCUAUGAGCACUCAGCCUACCAGGGCCAGCAGUUUGUCCUGGAGAGGGGGGAGUACCCACGCUGGGACGCCUGGAGUGGCAGCAAUGCCUACCACAUCGAGAGGAUGACUUCCUUCAGACCCAUCGCCUGCGCGAAUCACCGCGAGAGCAGGAUGAGUAUCUACGAGCGUGAGAACUUCCUGGGCAGGAAGGGGGAGCUGAGUGAUGACUACCCCUCCCUGCAGGCCAUGGGCUGGUGCAACAACGAGGUGGGAUCCUUCCGCGUGCAGAGCGGAGCCUGGGUGUGCUACCAGUACCCUGGUUACCGUGGAUUCCAGUACAUCGUGGAGUGCGACCGCCACUCAGGAGAGUACAAGCACUGGCGAGAGUGGGGAUCCCACGCACAGACUUUCCAGGUGCAGUCCAUUCGCCGCAUCCAGCAGUGACCUCCCUUCAGAUCCACUGUGUAAAUAAACACAACUAAUAAAGGGUAUUUGUAUGAA